CCAAUAGGCUGGAGUGGAGGAGAUCUCUUGAAAUCUCUUCAAAGUCUUAGGAAAAAAAAACAAGUAUUAUAUCUUCCCUUUCGUGUAAACCAGCUGACCAAAGAAAUGGUGAUGGAGAAGCCAAGUGCCCAGCUUGUCGGGCGAGAGUUUGUCCGACAGUAUUACACCCUUUUGAACCAGGCACCAGACUACCUUCACAGGUUUUAUGGCAAGAACUCAUCCUUUGUCCAUGGAGGCCUGGACAACAGCGGGAAACCGGCUGAGGCUGUGUAUGGACAGACGGAAAUCCACAAAAAGGUGAUGGCUUUGAGUUUUCGUGACUGCCACACUAAGAUCAGGCAUGUGGAUGCCCAUGCGACGCUGAAUGAGGGCGUGGUUGUCCAGGUGAUGGGGGAACUGUCGAACAACAUGCAGCCAAUGAGGAGGUUCAUGCAGACCUUUGUGCUGGCCCCUGAGGGUACAGUGGCAAACAAAUUUUACGUACACAACGACAUAUUCCGUUACCAAGACGAAGUAUUCGGAGACUCCGACUCUGAGCCUCCUGAGGAGUCUGAGGAGGAGGUUGAGGAGGUGGAGGAGAGGGUGAGUUCUCCUGUAGGAGCACAGGAGGAGCCCAGCACGUUCUACCCUCAGGCCCCAUGCUCGGAGCCCGAGGCCUCACAGGAGGAGGCGGCGGCGGCGGCAACCCCGGAACCCGAGCCGGAACCGCAGGUGGAGACGGAUGCAGAGCAGGCUCCAACAGAGCUUAAACAGGAGCCGGCUAGCCAAAACGAACCUCCCAAAGAGGAGAACGACGACAGAGCUCCUCCAUCACCCACGCCUGCCGACCCCGCUCCCCCUUUGCCAGAGGAGAACCAGCCUUUCUCCUGGGCGUCCGUCACAAGCAAAAACCUUCCCCCUGCAGGAGGUGUCGUCCCAGUUUCAGGAGUUCCUCCGCAUGUCGUCAAAGUCCAACCCACACAGCCCCGUGUGGAGGUGAAACCAGAGGCCCAAACCACAGCACAGAGAACCCAGAGAGAGCAGCGGGUCCGAGAGCAGAGAACAGGGCCUUCUCCAGCACAGAGAGGACCAAAAACAGGCUUGCGGGAAGGGGAGCCGGGCGAGCCAGAGGUGCGGCGUACGGUCAGGUAUCCAGACAGUCACCAGCUCUUCGUGGGAAACGUGCCUCAUGAUGUGGACAGGGCAGAGCUGAAGGAAUUUUUUGAACAGUACGGAACAGUGCUGGAGUUAAGAAUCAACAGCGGGGGGAAAUUACCGAACUUUGGUUUCGUGGUGUUCGACGACUCGGAACCUGUGCAGAAGAUCCUGAACAGCCGGCCCAUCAAGCUGAGGGGUGACGUACGUCUUAACGUGGAGGAGAAGAAAACGCGCUCCGCCCGAGAGGGCGAUCGACGGGACGUCCGCCCGAGAGGCCCCGGGGGGCCGCGAGACAGAGCAGGGGGCCCGAGGGGGCCGCCCACGCGGGGAGGAAUGAAACCAAGCUUUGGGGCUGGCAGAGGGGCGGGGUCCAGCGAGGGUAGACACAUGGGACCGCGCCAGUGAAGCAGACCUGUUCAUGUCAGCCACUACUGAUGCAAUUCUCCCUUCUGAGCGAACACACAAGGCCUCCCUUCUCUCUGCCUCCACCUCCUCUGUACUCAAGGACUGUGCAGCGUCAUCUCUCUCUCUCUCCCUUCUGCAUUCUCUUCU